AUGUUGGUUAGUACUGCUAUUGGUUUUUUUGAUGCUUUUUUUGAUUAUGUAACAAAUAAUCAGAAUGUUGAAUAUACAGUUUAUAAAAAUGAUUGUUUUGUUGUAAAAUUUAAAAAUGAAAAUGAAUGGAGACUUACAUGUUGGUGUCCAAAAGGACGGCUUUGGGAAGAUAAUGGAAAAAUCCCAGAUGAAUACCCACUUCAAGAAACAAAAACUAACGAUUACAAAGAAAGAACCAAACUAAACAUUAAAGAUGCAGAAGCCACUUUAAUAGUAAUAGUUUCAAUUUUUAAUUCAGAUAACAAUGAAACAGGUCUUACUAUUGAAGAAGCCAAUAAUUUAAAUAAACUGUUGAAAAUCAUUAAUUUAGACGAAGAAGCAAAUAAUAUUAGUGAAGAAGUUUUUAAAUGGAUUAAAGAAAAAAAUAUCAAACAUUUAAACAUGGCCGGUCCUCGAGCAAGUACUUGUGAAGGGAUUUAUGAUAAAACAUUUAUAUUUAUGAAUUCCUUGUUAAAGAAAUUAGAAGAUUACCAAGACUAA